AUGGGUCGGGGAGCGGUGCCGGGAACGGUGCCGGGAGCGGAGCCGGGAGCAAGAUCUGGAUGGGGGCCGGGAGCGGAGCCGGGAGCAGAAGCAGCAUUGGGAUGGGUYGGGGAGCGGUGCCGGGAGCGGGAGCAGGGUCGGGAUGGGGGUCGGGACCGGUACCAGGAGCGGGGCGCCAGCUCCCUCUCGCGCUGCCUACUGGCACUCACUGCCUUAGGAAGUAUCUGCACUAUCCUAAUCAUCAAAGAAGGAAGAGAGRUGCUUUUGAAGGCCUCCAGAAAGGAGUCAGUUCCUGUGACAGCGCUAACUUUCACUUCUGCAAUGAAUCAAAAUAUAUCCAAGAUUACAUGUGUGUUUAUCAGCCAGAAGAAUGAAGGUUCAAGAACACCAAAGACAUCAGUAUCUCCRAAGAUUUCUAAUACUUUGGAAGAUCUUGGUUGUUAUUUGAGUUCUCAAGGAACAGAGAACAUCUAUGAACCAAUUAAAAAUGUGGAAAUCAAUGUGUUUGAAUAUAUUGAAUUGAGAGUGAUAUUGAAAAUUUCAAGGAUUAUUUCAUGCUUUUGGUUGUUCAAAGAGAAACAAACUUGUAAACCCUCACUGGACUCAGAGAACGGGUAUGUUACAUCUUUGGAUUUUUCCCAAAACAGAGAAACAUGGGCUGGAAACCACACUCUCUGAGUCAUAGGCGAAAACAUUAAUUACACAAUAAUAUUUACUGUUCUUGCCCGAAAGAAACCAGGGAAACCCUAUUUCAGGAAAAGUGAAAAUCGAGAUAUUAUCAGUAUGAGCUACCCCCAACCAUCUUUGGAGUAGAUAUUUUGCAAAACACCUGAAGCGAGUUGCCCUAACAAAAUGAGCGGAGGAACUGGGAAAAYACAUGGCAUACAGGAGGUACAACAUGGAUUACAGGAAAAUAAAUUAUUUCAUGCAUACAUAUGGUGUUGUGCGACUAAUGAGCUGGGCAGAGAAUGCACCAGCCUAUUUACAAUAGAUUUAAGUGAAAGACAUGCAGCACUUUUAUCUUUACUUCUUAAAGCUGGAGAACCAUUGCUCAUCAGAUGCAGAGCAGCUUAUCGUAAUUAUAGCUUCAGAAUUAAUUUUUCUUUUGAAAACAAAGAACUACAGCAGAUAAGAAGGGAUCAGUAUUUUGAAGGGUUAGACUAUCAAAUAGAUUACUCAGCCAUUUGGAUCCAGAAUGUAUUUGCUUCAGGAGCAGGAAGAAACGACAGUGAACAUUACACCUGUUCUUCUACAGCACAUCCAAGUCCAACUGCUCUGAUUACAGUUUUAAAAAAGGGGUUUAUAAACAUAAGUGACUCUAGAGAGGAGUUUGAAAUUGGUGAAGAAGAGUUUUGCUUCGAGGUUCACCCUACAGUAUAUCCAGCCAUUAGAUAUAUGUGGCUAUUUUCCCCAAAAACCUUUCCAUGUGAACAAAUUUCAGAAUACUUGAUUUUAUCAACUGGCUUGUCAAGUCAUCCUUACAACAGACUGGCCUUUUCAUCUGGAUCAGGUGGAGUGUUGGGAAAAUGUCCUUCCUUUUGUCCUUCCUUCUCUUUACACCACAAUAUUUCUUCCAAGUUCUGCAACCAUCAGCAUCAGCCUGGGGUAUAGGUGUUUUAUGCAGAAAAUGAUGAUACAGUCAUGAUGAAAAAAUCACUUUUUCAUAUCAGAAGGAAACCUAAAGUCACCAUGCAGUUAGCAUACAAGCAGAUCUCCUGCAUUUCUGACACUUACCCUGCCCCAUCCUGGAUUUGGAGGAACUGUCCUGAACUUAAUUMAUUUAACUGUACAGAAAAAAUCACUGAAGAGGCUCAGAACUUCUUGCCAGAGAUGAGAUCCUUGGGGUCAUGGAUUUCAAGCAGUACUUAAGAUAAAAAGGAGACAGCAACAACCUUCACUGUUGAGUGCUGCGCAAACAAUUCUGCUGGUUCAACCUGUGAAAAGAGUUUCAUUAGCCUGUCAGCUACGUCCAGAUCCCACCUACAGAAAUAUUUAUAUCAUCAUAUUUCAUCUGAAAAAAACUCCAGAAAGGGAAUCCCACUAGAAUAUAGUGUGAAUAUGACUCUGUGUAGAGAGGAUGACUUUGGAAACACAGAACCAAGUCAAAACAUAAAUGUGGCUUCUGGAUCAAAUGGGGUUGUGCUGUAUUUGGGGGAAGAUGAAAUUAAACACGCAGACAGACAAAUGGAUGACAAAGAGGAUUUUAAUGUGCUCACUUUUGAAGACCUUCUUUGCUCCUCAUAUCAAGUUGCCAAAGGAAUGGUCUUUCUUGAGUCCAAAUUGAUAUGGUUAAGGGUUCACUUACCUGUUAAAUGGAUGGCUCCUGAAACCCUAUUUGAAAUGACCUUCAUAAUGAAGAGUGAUGUCUGCUCGUAUGGAAUAUUGCUAUGGGAAAUAUUCUCUCUGAAUAUGUUCUUAUUUUUGGUAGGUGUAAAUCCCUAUCCUGGCAUUCAAUGAUACCAAUCCAGGAUGCCAAUGAUCCAAAGAUUCUACAAAUUAAUUUGAAGUGGAUUUAAAAUGAACCGACCAUAUUAUGCUACCAAAGAUGCUUAUGAAAAUAUGAAGAAAAGUGGUUCUACACAGAGUUCCAGUUAUAAAAAUAAACUGCAUGUAAGCAAGGAUGAAGAAUCUCCCCAAUGUACAGCUCUGCCCUCAAAUGAAGACUCCCAUAAUGCACAAUAA